CAAAAUGUUUGCAACGAGGUCACCUUUAGGGUGUUCUUCGACGUGUUCGACUAGUGGAAGGGAUAUAUUAUCAGCCUGGCCAUCGCAAUGCGCAAGCCGCGACACCAGGACUGUGCGGACGCAUGCUCGCGGAGGCAAAGCGACCAGCACCUCUCGCAAGCUAACGGGCGGGGGCCAGCAGUUUUCACCAGGGCCACCGGAAACGAUCGUCACCAACUACCCAAAGCAGCUCGAUGAUGUCGCUGUGGGAACAGACACCCUUGCAUCGGUGGAGUCGGAGUCCGAACCCGACGUGGAGCUGCUGCUCCCGGACGCUCUGGACCUGCUCGAUGCUACAUCCACUGUGGAUGAGCCGAACCCGUACACAACGGAGGACGCGCUGAGCGCGCCGCUGGAGGGCCUGGGCGGUGAGCCGGCCCUGGAGGCGCUGCUGGCGGAGGCGGCGGCCGCCGGCGGCAACCUGUCGCUGUCCGCCGCGCGCAUCACUUCCAUCUUCCCCUUCCCACUGGACGGCUUCCAGCGCCGCGCGCUGGAGCUGUUCCUGCAGGGGCAGAGCGUGGUGGUAUGCGCGCCCACCGGCGCCGGCAAGACUGCCAUUGCGGAGGCGGCGGCGGUGGCGGCGCUGGCGCGCGGGCAGCGGGUCAUCUACACCACGCCGCUCAAGGCGCUGAGCAACCAGAAGCUGUUUGAGACGCGGCGGCGCUUCGGGCACGCUCGCUGCGGCCUGCAGACCGGCGACGCCAACCUGAACCCGGACGCGGACAUUGUGGUGAUGACCACCGAGAUCCUGAGGAACAUCAUGUACCGCACCGCCGAGCUGGCGGAGGAGAACAACACAGGCAGCAUGUCCACUCGUGAGGCUCGGCUGGGCAAUGUGGGGCUCAUUGUACUGGAUGAGGUUCAUUACCUGGGCGACCCGCACCGCGGAAGUGUGUGGGAGGAGGUCAUCAUCAACUGCCCCCGUCACAUCCAGCUGCUGUGCAUGAGCGCCACAGUGGCAAACCCCAAGGACCUGGGAGACUGGAUCGCCAAGGAGCACAUGCCGUGCGAGACCAUCCAGACGCGCUUCCGCCCCGUGCCGCUCCACUGGCACUUUGCCUACUUCAAGGCGCCCAAGGGCGUGUCCAUGGAGGACCUGCUGGUGCCGGUCAACAGCGCGCGGGGCCGCGGCAGUGGCGACCGGAAUGGCGACAAGGUGGACGGCAAGGCCGGCUUCAACGCCAAACAGAUGCUCAACCCGCGGCUGAGCACGCAGCGGGUUCUCCAAGAGGAGGCGCGGGCGAUGCUGGCCAAGCAGCAGGCGCCGCCGUUUGGGGGCCCGGGCCGGGGCGCCGCCGGCGGCCGGGGCGGAGGCCCGGGCGGGCGCGGCGGCGGCGGGGCCUGGCGCUCCGCCUCACAACGCGCGCCGCAGCCGGCGUUUGACUGGGAGCAGGAGUUUGAGAACCUCAUGGAAAAGGACGCGCAGGCUCUGAGGCGGCGAGUCAACAUGCGCCGCAUCCCUGACAUGCACAAGACCAUCAAGGUGCUGGCGGAGCGCGAGAUGCUGCCCGCCAUCUGGUUUAUCCUCAGCAGGCGCGACUGCGACAGCAGCGCGGCCCGUGCCGCCGCGGUGCCGCUGACGGACCCGGAGACGCAGUCGCUCAUUGCGGCGGAGGUGGCAGCGCUGCGGGCCGACCAGCCGGAGGCGGUCAAGGAGGAGCUGGUGCCGGCGCUCAUCUCCGGCAUCGCCAGCCACCACGCGGGCCAGCUGCCCGGCUGGAAGAGCCUGGUGGAGCGCCUGUUCCAGAGGGGCCUGCUCAAGCUGGUGUUCGCAACCGGCACGCUGGCUGCCGGCAUCAACAUGCCCGCCCGCACUACGGUGGUGUCCUCGCUGUCGCGCAUGACCGACGACGGGCCCAAGCUGCUGCCGCACAACGAGUUGCUGCAGAUGGCGGGGCGCGCGGGGCGGCGCGGCUUCGACACGGAGGGCAACUGCCUCGUGCUGCAGAACAAGUUUGAGGGCGCGGACGAGGCGUGGCAGAUCAUCCACGCCGGCCCCGAGCCGCUCACCUCGCAGUUCAGUGUGUCGUACGGCCUGGUGCUCAACCUGCUGUCCGUCAACACGCUGGAGCAGGCUCGCGAGUUCGUGUCUCGCUCCUUCGGCAACUUCCUGGCUACGGAGGGCAACUUGCGGCGUGAGGAGGAGGCCGCGGCGCUGGAGGCGGAGGCGCAGCAGCUGGUGGAGGCGUUCAAGGCGUCAGCCACCUCCCGAGCCAAGGAGCUCAACGCCGAGCUCAAAGCGGCUAAGGACGAACUGAAGCGGCUGAAGAACGCGCAGAUUGAGGCGCAGUGCGAGUCGGCGCGCACGAUGCUUGCCGCAGACGGCCUUCCGCGCAUUGUGGUCCUCAACCUGGCUGCGGGCGGCGCCGGCAAGGGCGGCGGCAACGGCCGGCCGCUGCUCAUGCCCGCCGUCAUUGUCGGCGAGGUGGAGCCGCCGCCGGAGGUGGCGGCUGAGGGAUCAGCGGUUGCGUCGGUUACAACCGCCGGGCCGUACUACGCCUGUCUGUCGGCCGACAACCGCCUCAUGCGUGCCAGCGUGGCGUGUGUGGCGGGCGUGCUGGAGGGCGCGGCGGGCGUGGUGGCGGCGGCGGACGCGGACAAGGUGUGGGCCGCACUGGAGGGGCUGCGGUCCAACGCCUGGAGCAAUGUGGAGGCCGGCAGCUGGGCCCUGCAGGCGGCUCUGGGCACUCCCACCACCUCGGCCGUGACGCGGCAGCUGGCGGCGCGUCUGCCCUGGACCUUCAUCGAGGCGGACGCGGGCGUGGCGGCGCAGGUGCUGGCGGCGCGGCAGGCCGUCAAGGCGGCGGUGACGGCGCUGGAGGAGCAGCGGCGGCAGGCGUCCAGCAGCAGCAGCCGCGACGGCUCGCUGGAGCAGAUGGCCCGCGCCAAGCGGCUGCUGAAGAAGGCCGACAAGCUGCGGGCGGAGGGCCGGAGCGGCGGGCGGCUGGAGUCCACGUGGAAGACCUUCCAGCUGACCAUGGAGAUCCUGAUCUGCAUGGACGCGCUGGAGGCGGAGUCGCUGCGGGUGCUGCCGCUGGGGCUGCUGGCGCGCAACAUCCAGGGCGGCAACGAGCUGUGGCUGGCCAUGGCGCUGUCCCACCCGGCCCUACACGCGCUCAACGGCCCGCAGCUGGCGGCCAUGCUGGGCGGACUCAUCAGCCCGGAGGUGCUGUCCAAACCCACGGCCAUGUGGGCUGCCUACCCCGUGUCCCCCGCCGUGGAGGCGGCGGUGGAGGCGCUGGAGGAGCAGCGGCAGCUGCUGCUGGAGCUGCAGACGGACGCAGGGCUGGUCAAGUGGAACGACGCGCUGCUAGUGGACCUGCGGUUCGCGGGCCUGGUGGAGGCGUGGGCCAGCGGCGCCACGUGGGGUCAGGUGAUGGAGGACAGCAACAUGGACGACGGCGACAUGGCGCGACUGCUCAUCCGCACCAUCGACCUGCUCAAGCAGCUGCAGCACAACGCCCACCUGCUGCCGCAGCUCAAGGAGGCGGCGGCGGAGGCGCUGCGCGGCAUGGACCGCAAGCCCGUGGCGGAGCUGACGUUCUAGAGGAGGUUGGAGGAGGUUGGAGGAGGAGGCAGGAGGAGGAGGAGGUUGGAGGAGGAGGUUGGAGGAGGAGGGGAGGAGGAGGAGGAGGGGGAGGCACGAGGGGGGCAGGAGGGGUGGCAGGAGGGAGGGGGGGGCAGGAGGAGGAGCGGGUGCAGAGGAAAAGGACGUUGAAGACGAGCAGGCGGAGGUGCUGUUGGGCAGGUGAAGGUGAUAAGCAUGCGGGUGGGCAGGUCCCUCCGCACCACAAUGACUAGGCAUGGUGAGCGGUGGCCAGCUAGUUGCUGCCUAGCUGCGUGCAAAGGUGUGGAUGUGGAGGGGUGGGGUGAUGGGGUGGGGCUUGGUGCUGGUGCUGGUUGCGGUCCACGGUGUAUUGACAGAAUGGUGUGAGCGGUGCACGUGGGCACAGGGCCUACACGACUCUGGUGCUGCAACAGCCGGGUGUCUUCAGGCGACGCGGCGUUGUGCCACGUGCGUGUCGCCAUUCCGGUGCGGCACGGUCGUUGAGCCUGUGUGGCUGCGGAGGCAGGCCCUGCUUGAAACGCCAGGUAGGGCUGGGUGGCUGACUGAGCACGGCCAACACGCGACUCAGCGGUAGCGACCCUGAUAUCAAAUUGCGGGCCGGUGGUGGGCCCCUCAGGCCUUGCGCGUGAAAUAGUCGUGUGGCUAGCCGUAGCGCCUAACUUGUGGAGUAACGGGGGUGCGCUAGAAUCGUCUGAUGUCGCUGGGGGCACACCAGGACCGUAUGAGGACAACCCGGGCUCACCCGUGGCCAGGGCGGUGUCCAAAAUUGGGGCCAGGUGGUCUUCUCGGACAGCGAUUAUAAUACCUGCCCUCCACAAUUCGUACGGUAUCUCAUACCGUACCUUUCACGUCUGCCCCGACUUCAGCACGAUCUGGCCGCCCUUUGUGCAACAGCAGACAUACCGCCUCAUCACCGCUUAUCACCGCCAUGGCCAUGCGCUGAGCAGGCCGCCUCUGGAUUGACCCGGAUUGAUGGCAGUGCCUGGAUAUGAUAGCGAUAGCAGUGAUUGGGAGUGUGUGCUGCAGCGCGUGUGUGCAGAGUCUGGAGGAAAGGUUGAUCCUGUCCAGCCUAGGUCCGUGAUGUGAGGAGCUAGAUAAGGUUGAUCCCGUCUUAG